CGGCAUCUAAAAUGCCUAUCUUCGUUCUGGAGAUGGCAAAAAACAGAGGCCAGUCCUUUGGCAAAGCGGGAAAGUUUCGACGACCCAAGGCCCGCAAAAUCUGCAGAAGUUGAAGCGCGAUCAUUCCGUGACAUUCCAUCGCCCGAUUUUGGCUUGACAUCGACAAUUAAAUAUUUUAAGGAAACCGAAGGCUUUACCAAAGUUUACAAACUAACUAAUCGACUGUUCACGGAGCAUGGUCCUAUUUUUAGGGGCGACAUAUUGUUUGGCGGCGAACCUGCGGUUCACACCAUCGAUCCUGAUGAUUUUGAGAAAGUUUUCCGUUCUGAAGGAAGAUAUCCACGCAGACCGCCGUUAUUGGAUAUUUGGAGAGAGCAGCGCAAAAGGAGGAAUUAUUUCGUCGGAGUCUUUAGUGCGUAAGUAAAUGUUACGUAAUAGUAUAAAUGCUAUUUUAAUUGGGUGUCAGUAAAACGCGGGGCUGGAGUCGGAGUCUGUCCUUUUUUUAAAAUCAUGCAGUUUUAGGGUUAGGGUUAGUGUCCACCCCUCCCCACCCUUUCCUCAAACAUGGCUGGGGUCUGAACCCUUAAUUUUUUGUUAGCAGUUGUUGCAUGACUUUAAUUUGAAAGAAAUGUCUGAAGGGUCCAAAUGAUAUCUUAGCCCCACUUUUCAGAAACUCACCGUGAGGAUAUAGGGUGGGAGGAGGGGGAGGGGAGGGGUGGAUGGUGUGGUGGUGUGUGUGUGUUUUUUUUGUUUGUUUUUACUUUUUUUUUUUACGUGUUGUGGGGGGUGGGUGUGGAGGGGGGGGGGGGGGGGGGGGGGGGGGGGGGGGGGGGGGGGGGGGGGGGGGGGGUGGGGAGAUUGGGUGCAGAAGAUAAAAAAUAGAAAGUCCCCUCUCCAAGGUGACAGUACUUUUCAAGACGAACACAAUUGAAAUGGCAGAUACUCAUUGCAGCUGACAUCAUAAUAUAUGAAGUAGAAAAUAAUAAACAUUUUCAAAUGAAUCAAAGAGCAAAAUGCCCAGAAACAGGGUGGGGACGGGAAGUGGGGUGGGGUGAGUAUGCAUGAAGAAAUGCACAUAUUCAAAUGGGUGUCAGUAAAACGUGGGGUUGGGGUUUGUCUUUUUUUUUGAAAGAAUGCUGUUUCAGGGUUAGGGUUAGGGUUGAUAAAAAGUUGAGCAUUACAAAAACGGUAAGAAGACGUUAAGCAAGACACCUCCAUUGGGGAGGUGGGGAAGUAAUAAUCUUGAGACCAUUUUUGUAGGUGAGUGGGAAUGUAAAUUGUUUAUAUAUUCAUUCAUUUUAAUACUACAGUGUGGCACUAUCCAAGCCUUUACUGUUUUGUUGUUUUGAUAUCGUAGGGAUGGAGAAGAAUGGUACAGAACACGAAAGAGUAUCGCUCCAAAAAUCAUGCGCCCAAAAAUAAUAGAGAAAAACAUUGAUAACUUUAAUGCUGUGACCAAGGAUACAGUAACAAGGUUUGUUCAACUGAACAAAGAUUGUGGACCAAAUGACCACAUUCCUGACUUGGAAGGGGAAUUGAGUAAAUGGUCAACUGAA